CGGCUCCUAAUAUGGGGCGGGUUUGAAAAAAAAGUUUUUAUUAUUUCUGCCUUGCGGCUCCAGGGAAGGGGCGUGGUUUCCUCUUGGUAACGCCCCCUCAUUAUGAUAUCGGUGGGUGUCGUAGCAACGCUGAGCAGCCUUAGCAAAUGGUGAAGAGCCGGGCUUCAGUUAGAAACGCGGCGGCAGGUGAGCUUGGAUGGUGGGUAAGUGUUCCCCCCCCCCUUGACUGUUGCAAUGGGAUCUUUGCAGUCUGUGGGCACUAGCGCCUACUACUCCAGGCAGCAGAGAGAAGAGAGUAACGGUUUGUUGGACAACAAGGACCAGGAAGAAGACAUUGCCAGGUUCCCAUAUGUGGAAUUCACUGGGCGAGACAGCAUCACUUGCCCUUCCUGCCAAGGCACUGGCUGCAUCCCCACAGAGCAAGUCAAUGAAUUGGUCGCUCUAAUACCAUACCAUGACCAGAGGUUAAAACCUCAAAGGACGAAACUCUACGUUUUGGUGUCGGUGCUGCUCUGCCUCCUGGUAUCAGGGUUGGUGGUCUUCUUUCUCUUCCCACAUUCCGUCCUUGUGGAUGACAAUGGCAUCAAAGUGGUGACGGUCUGGUUUGACAAGAAAAACUCGCUUGUCGUCCUUGCCAUCACGGCCACUCUCCGGAUCAGAAACUCCAAUUUCUACUCGGUAACAGUAACCAGCUUGGCCAGUCAGGUGCAAUACAUGAAUACUGUGGUUGGGACUCGACAGAUUAACAACGUCACCCGCAUCCAGCCACUGAGUGACCAGCUGGUUAAUUUCACAGUGAAGGCUGAAAUGGGUGGACCUUCUUCUUAUGUAUAUUUCUUUUGCACUUUACCCAGGAUCAGAAUACACAAUAUGGUGAUUUUCAUGAGGACUUCAGUGAAGAUCUCCUACAUUGGCCACAUAACUCAGAGCUCUUUGGAGACUCAUCAUUAUGUCGACUGUGGUGCAAAUAUCACAUAUACCCAAGCCAUCCCUUGGCCUGUGCCCAGGCCCCCAACUCCAGAAGGUGUAGCCCAAGGGAAGGACAAUUUGAGUCGGCAAAUGUACUUCAGUGAUCAUAGCAGGCUGGCUUCUACUAUUGCAUAACCUCAGGGCAUAGGGCUCUUGUUCUUGGUGUGUUUUUGUUUGGAAGGGGAAGAGGUUGCUGUAGUCUUUGGUGAAACGGAAGGCAUAACUGUCUGAGCAUGUAGCACUUCUCCUGCACUAUUCUGUGACUAACUGGACAAUGCCUUGGCCUCUGCUUAGUUUCUCCCUUUGCUCAGACUAUCAAGCUGUAGCUUGUGUUACUUUGCUCCUGGUUGAUCCACCCUGUUGAAUUUCUCUGCUCCUUCUCAAAAUUUGGAAAAUAUACAUUUCUGCAGGUGCUUUAUUCUGCUGGAAUUCUAAGAAUAAAGUAAUUCCCAGGAUGAUGCUCCUAAUUCUGUUAUUAUCAAAGAGGGAAUUAGUUUUCCAACAUGGAAGAGGAGGUAAUCUUGACCUUGUUUCUCAUGUACUAAUUUAUAACCUUUGUCUUGCAUAUUUUCAAAGAGAAAUGAACUGGGAAUGUAAGUCCCACUGAAAAAAAUGCAUUUUGCAAUAGAUACAACUUUGUUGUGUGUGGGGAUUCCUAUAACUUUAAUGGGUUUUUUCAUGGGUAUAGUUCUUUAAGCUAUCUUUGACUGUAUCAGUGGGGUUAUUAAAACUCCUUUCAUGUCUCAUAAGUAUGCUGUUCUAAAGGGAGCACUGUUGACUUAGAGUAGUGGGUGGCUAACCUGUGGCUAUCCAGAUAUUGAUGGACUCCCAACUCCCAUCCUUCCUGACCACUGGCCAUACUAAUGGAACUUGUAGGCCAACAAUAUCUGGAGGGCCACAAGUUCCCCAUCCCUGACUUAAGAGUUGUCACACUUCCUGCAUUUGUUCUGAUUUCUUGCUUUUAGGAACAAGCACCAUAGAAGGACUGUGAAACUUCUGGACCUCUGUCAGGAAAAUGUUUGAGCGGUGGGCUUUUUAAAAUCUGUAUUCUGAUUCUCCAAGCUGGGAAACUUUGUGGCAGUUUAGCUGGCCAGUACUGUUAGAAUAAAGGGGCUUUGAUCUCUUUUUUCAAUUCUGUUUUUGUACUUUAUUUGUAGUCACUGAAAAUAUUUAUCUUUCUUUAGUGUCACUGUCUAAAAUGCUUCCCUCACUUGUAAGGAUCAAGGUGGGAUGACCUCACAGGCAAAGUGAGAAAGUAAAAUUAGGACUGGAGAGAGACUCCUAUAGAUAUGUACAAUAGAUAAUUAUUAAUCCUUUUUUCUUUGCCCCUUCAUAACUUCAAAAUUGUUACUGAAGUUCAUCUUCCCUUUAAAGAUUUUGGUGUUCUAGCCAGUCUGUCUGUCUGCAAAAAAUAGAAACCUAUUUAAACGUAAGUUUUAACUCUAGAUUUUGAUAUUUAAAUGAUGGGGAGAGUUAAUGUUCCUUUAGAACCUGUACCUUCUGUUCAGAAGCCUCUGUGGAGCUGAAAAUUCCUGAAGUUAAUAAAACCUUAAGUCUUCCCCUUUGAAA